AUGCUGGCACCUCCUGCAUUGUCUCAACCCUCCGCCCCGAUCUCUGCAGCUGCAGCUUCAGCUCCAAUUCCAACUCCAGCCUCAGCAACCGCUGCAACCUCAUCUUCAGAACCUGCACAAGACGACUGCAGCCUCUCGUCAUCAUCUCCACCUCAGUUCGCCACAAACCUCUCAAAUCCUAUAUAUGAGGAGAGCGAUGAAGACUCCGAGAGUGUCGCACACAACGAGCCAGUCACGCCUGUGAGCGGCAGACAGUCUUCGGAAUUCCGUACCCACCGCAGUCACGACAACCAGGGUCAUCCCGACAUCACUGACUCUUCAUCUCUGAUUCCCUUCCCUUCGAUUGAAUCUGACGGUGCGGCCAUCCCGCAGCCCAAACUCGAUCUACGCAAAGGACCUUUCGCCAACCACAACUUCGAGGCCACUAUCAACACUCAGAUUGCUGUUGACAGCCCAACCGCUCCUCAAAAAUCACCGGCCAGUCCCAGGAAGAGCAUAUCCACCAGACCCAUCUCGCCGCCUUCCACAGCGAGGACAUCCGCCGACGAAUCGCAGCCGGGCUCGUUGAAAGACUCGCGACGCAGCACCCGUGGCUCCACUCACAGUUUCAAACGCACAAUGUCGAACCUCUUCAAGCGCAACGGCCCACAGGGCGACGAAGACCAGCCCGUGGUCGUCGUCGCACAGCAGGAUCCGAUAGAAGGCAAUCGGAGGUGGUCGAUGAAUAGGUCCUCCGCCACCACUCCUGGCUCUAACACUCCGCCCUCGCCUGGCGCGCAGACGUAUGAUAGCAAGCAGCGCGGUAAGAACCUGCUGGCUCCGACGUCCGAUGACUUCAUGCGCAAGAAAAACCGCGCCUCGACAGGCCUCACGCUCCGCAACCGUGCGGUUAACUUUGCUACCGGCAAUGGACGCAAUGCGAAGAAGCAACCCAGUUUGAGGCGGGCCAGCAGUUUUGACGCUGGCAAGAAACGUGAACCAGAAAAUGGUGAGCUCGGUCCUGCGGCAGUCUUCUAUGCGAGACCAGAAGCUGGCGUUGGUGUCAAGGCUCGACGAUUGAGCCUGAGUCUGCCCGACGAAGUCAAUAUCGAUGUGGUCGACCUGCUGUCCGAGUUCGAGUACAAGCACAAGCAUCCAUUCGCUCGACAACUGACACGGACGUUGGGCAAGGGUGCUACAAGUACUGUCCGGAUCAUGUCGCGCAAGGGAUUCCCAGAUGAGUUGUACGCGGUCAAGUGCUUCCGGAGCAAGGACAAGGGAGACACGAAGGAGGAGUACGAAAAGAAGAUCAAGUCCGAGUACAGCCUGGCCAAGAGCUUGCACCAUCCCAACGUCGUUGAGACUGUGCGUCUGUGCAUUGACCACGGGCGAUGGAACCACGUUAUGGAGUACUGUUCGGAGGGUGACCUCCACUCCUUGCUCACGAAGAAGUAUCUUUUGAACGAGGAUCGGGAAAAGGACCGACUCUGUCUGUUCAAGCAGCUGGUCCAGGGUCUCAACUACCUGCACAGCAACGGGAUCGCCCACCGAGACAUCAAGCCAGAGAAUCUCCUGAUGACCAGCGACAGCAAGCUGAAAAUCACCGACUUUGGCGUGACAGAGGUGUUUUCUGGGAUACAUCCGGCCGCGAGGGAAUCGGGCGGCGAGUGUGGCCGGCAGAUGACCGGGGAAGUUCGAAUGUGCAAUCCUGGCAUCUGCGGGAGUCAGCCAUACAUGGCCCCUGAGGUCCUGGCCAGGGAUCGGCAGUAUGACCCGCGCAUGCUCGAUGUUUGGAGUGCUGCUUGCGUGAUGCUCAACAUGAUGACCUCGGCAAACUUGUGGGAGAAGGCCGUGUGGAACGCACCCGGAAGUCGGAGUUACAACCUUCUUGUGCAGGCGUUCGACAAGUGGAACGCCGAACAUAUCGAUGGCAACGCAACGAUCACCGAGAACGACUAUCCUACAUAUGUGCCCUUUGACAAAGGAAUCAACAGGCCAGCACUACGUCGGAUCCUGCUGAUGAUGUUGAACCCGAACCCCGAGAAGCGGGCCACCAUCACCGAGAUUGCCAACAUUCGAUUUAUGAAGAACAUCCAGUGUUGCCAACCGGAGAGUUACGACGACCCUGACGUGGUAAUCGAUGCCACCAAGAGUGCAUCGUUCAAUCUCAAGACUACGAAGACGUUCUGCCACAACCACUUGCCACCCAAGUGGGAAAACAGCCACUCGCUGCCGCCGAUGCCCGGCAAGGCUGGUUACUGA